AUGCCUCUCUCACACAGCGUUGGUCACGUCUCGGGUGCGCAUCUCAACCCGUCGAUAUCCUUCGCCUUUGCGCUCAUAGACCACAAGGACUUCGGCUGGAGAAGGUUCGGCUACUACGUGCUGGCCCAGUUUGUGGGGGCUUUCUUGGGAUCCCUCUUAGUGUGGAGCUUGUUCUCUGGUGCAGUAGCGCACUACGAGGGUGUGAACAACAUGGUGAGAGGCCAACCGGGGAGUGAGCGUACGGCGAUGAUGUUCGGCGAAUACUUCCCCAAUCCGGCAUCGUAUCCGAACCAGAACGAAGUGAUUGGGAUCGGCCAGGCUUUCUGGGCGGAGAUGCUGGGUACGGCGUUUCUGGCGUUUGUCAUCUUCUCGGUCACUGCGCCAUGCAACAAUGUCAUCCCACCCAAUUUCGCACCUCUGUUCAUCGGGUUUACGGUGUCGAUCAUCAUAUCGCUGAUAGCGCCUCUCACCCAAGCAGGCUUGAACCCAGCCCGAGACUUUAGUCCUCGUUUACUGGCACUCAUACUCGGUUGGGGUGACAUCGCCAUCCCCGGACCAAGAAACGGGUUCUGGAUAUAUCUACUGGCACCGAUGCUCGGUGCACCUAUAGGUGGCUUCUUGGCCAACGUCUGCAUACAACGCCCGUGUAAGUCUACUGAGGCGUGCUAUGAGCUGGUCGCAUGUUCGGAGAAGAAGGAUGAUUAAGACAGCCUGAGCGAAACUUUGGUACGAAUUGACGAAUUCAAUGUACGAACAGAUACAUAAUGGCGUCAGGAAACAGAAAAUGAAUGCAUGGAGUACUCUGUUUCUCGCCGAAAUACACAUUUUCGACUGCUUCCCAGAACAAAAUUGCUGGUGUAGACGCUGAUGGUCAUCCUGUUUUCCUGCGCUAUUUUCAACGCGAUGCAAACCUUGAUCAGAAAAGCAGAAAAUGGCUAUAUCCAGCUUCCAGAGUGUUGUACCCGAAACCGAACCGAAUCAGCGGAAAUACUGUCAGCUGUAUUCAGAGGAACCGUAUAUACAGGAUACGUCACCAUGGCAUACGAGGUCACCGAACACCUGGGCUCAACCACUGACCGUUUGACCAAGACAACUCAGCAGCACUCGUAUAUCACAGUGCGGUUUACGUGAAUACAACGGCAGGAACAGAUUCGCUUAUGCGGGUGUCACAUCGGAUGUUCAC